AUGGCUUCAAUAUCUCGAAGAUUACUACUCUACUCGCGGCGGUGUCCGUCUCGAAUACCUUCUCGAUCCAACAUCCCCACGCUCACAGCGCAAUGGCAGCGACCGCUUUCGACCACCUCCCCGGUCUACGCUAAAGAGCCAACAAAAGAAGGCUCCGCUACCGCCGCGGCUGCCGAAUCCCCCUCAAAAGUUGCGGAUGAGAGCGCGACGUCAUCGAGCCCUGAAACAGAGACAGCUCGCCAGCUCCGCAAGCUGGUUGAAGACCUCAAAGCGCUCGAUCCCGACGUCGUCCAAGACGCGAUCCGCAAGGGCAAGCAUGGGAUCCCCUUCGCGAAGGACUUCGAGCUAGAGAAUGACGAGGACCUCGAGAUUGCAGAGGAAACCGGGAGGGCGGGCUUCUGGGCCGAGGGAGAAGAGUCAUUGGGCCCGGAUGAGGAUUACUAUGGAGAUGACCUGACUAGCUUGGGUCAUGGCGAGCUGGAGCAGCACAGGGAACUGAGGGAGUACGCCCGCUUGAUUGCUUGGGAGCUGCCAUUGCUGAGCCAGCUCGCCCGCCCCUUCGAGCCUCCCACAGCUGCAACUCCCUUCCGCUUCCGCUACACUUCCUACCUCGGCGAAUCCCACCCUGCCGUCAACAAAGUCGUCGUCGAAUUCACUGCCUCAGACAUGAAUCUCACCAUACAACAACGCGACAAACUCAUCAAGCUCGCCGGGCCACGCUACAACCCCGACACCGACAUAAUAAAGAUGUCUUGCGAGGACUUCGACACUCAAGCGCAGAACAAGCGCUUCCUCGGCGAGACAAUUUUCAAGCUAUUGGCAGAAGCUAAGGACGGGAAAGAUACAUUUGAAGACGUGCCGUUCGACUUUAGACAUCGUAAGCCCAAAGUGCGGUAUGAGUUCCCUAAGGAAUGGAUAUUGACGCCGGAGAGGAAGAAGUAUCUGGAGAAUAAGAGGGCGCAGGCUGCGAAGUUAGAUGACGAGAGAUUGCAUACCGGGCAGCUGGUGGAUGGCAAGACAGUUAUCGACACAAGCUUACCAUUUUCAACUCCAGAGCCAGAGCCCGUCAUGGUAGGCGGCCCGAGGGGAAAACAACUGAGGUGA